AAUAUGAAAUGAAUAUAAAUAAAUGGAAGAUAUGGUUAAUAAAUAAACCAAUACAUUUUGGGUGCCAAAAAAAGAGCCCAAAACCAGAUAUAAGACCUAACUUGUCCAAUUAUACCUGAUGUCACUACUUACCGGACUAUAUUUACCUUGUUGUUUCCUUUUUAAUGGUUAUAUUUAUUUCUGUGCACGUGCUUUAGGAGUAAAGAUACCUAAACAUACAUUUAACUGGAGUUAACUAUCAUUUUAAUGUUAUUUUCCGUUUUUUUCUACAGUAAAUUGUGUUAAAUAGUCCUAAUGUAAACAUACAAAACAAGCUCCUAAAAUCAAAGAAGCUGAUUGGUCGAUAUACUUUUGUCUCCUCUCUGAUUGGUCAAUCCUCUUGCACCUGUCGCGCGACCUGAAGAAAGUUUGGCAGCCGUUGAGAUAUUUAGCCGGAGUGGGCCGGCCCAUUGUUCACUCCUGGAGAGGGGGGGUUGGGAUAAUCAGUCCGGAACGUUCAGGAAGGGAACUAAAAGCUGUCAAACGGGUCUCUACCUUUGCUGAGGUGAGGAAUGGAAUACUCCAGGAACUCUAUCCUCCUCGAGCAAAGAAAACUUUCAAACUUCUGUUAUGUUGUCUGGAAAAAAAAUGGCAACUCAGUCAUAGAAAGAUAACUUCAGGAAAAGAUAAUUAACCGUUAAAUAAAAAGAAAAAAAUGGCGUCAGAGGUGAAGUUAAACGGUAACGAACUUUUAGAAGUUGACAUAUGCGACGGCGGCGUGUAUUCAGAGGACGAGAGCGGCGUUUUUGUCAACUCCGCCGCCUCCUUUCAGGAUGACUUCUCCGGCUUCCAGCAGUGGAGCAGCCCCGCCGAGCCACCCGGUGACACAUCAUCACCUCCGGGGCAGCAGCAGCAGCAGCAGGUCCCCGCUGCUGGGACCGCCGCUACCGCCGCAUACUGGACCAGCGCGACCGGUGACAGUGACUCCGAGCUGCAGGGAGAUGGAGUCAGAUCUCAGAGGGCUUCCAUAGUGGACUGUCUGCUGGUGGAGCUUUAUGAGACGUACAAUGGGAGCAGGAGGAAUGUGGACAGCUGGGACAGCUCCACCGAGGCGUCCGGGUCUGAGUCUUUCCUGGGCCGCAGUAACUCCGGGUCCAGCUUCCUCCAGGAGCUCCAGGAGAAGCACACCAGGCGGCACCAGAUGAACUACCUGGCCCAGAAAGCCCCGGAGGAGCUGCUCUCGAUCAUCCAGGAGGUGAAGUAUCGUACAGGGCUGCAGUCGGCCAAGCUGCUCCGCCAGCUGAAGAGACGGGACCGACUCUGCCACAAGCUGCAGAAGAACAACGACAUCAUCACAGCUUGUCUUCAGGCUGUCUCACAGAAACGACGAGUUGACACGAGGCUGAAGUUUACCAUCGAACCAUCGCUGGGAAAGAAUGGAUUCCAGCAGUGGUAUGACGCCCUUAAAGCCGUGGCUCGACUCCCUACAGGGAUCCCCAAGGAGUGGAGGAAGAGGGUCUGGCUAACCUUAGCAGACCAGUACCUCCACAGCAUCUCCAUCGACUGGGAGAAGACGCUUCGUUUCGCCUUUAACGAGCGCAGCAACCCUGACGAUGACUCCCUCGGCAUCCAGAUCGUCAAGGACCUGCACAGGACGGGCUGCAGUUCUUACUGCGGCCAGGAGGGGGAGCAGGACCGGGUGGUGCUGAAGAGGGUGCUGCUGGCGUACGCCCGCUGGAAUAAAUCUGUGGGCUACUGCCAGGGAUUCAACGUCCUGGCUGCACUCAUACUGGAGGUGACAGAGGGACAUGAGAGCGACGCACUCAAGGUGAUGAUCUACCUGAUUGACAAAGUGCUUCCUGAGAGUUAUUUUGCCAACAACCUGCGAGCUCUGUCAGUGGACAUGGCGGUGUUCAGAGACCUGCUGCGUCUGAAGCUGCCCCGACUCUCCCAGCAUCUCCACCACCUUCAGAAAGCUGCCAACAGAGAAGCCGGAGGCAGCUACGAGCCUCCGCUGACCAACGUCUUCACCAUGCAGUGGUUCCUCACCAUGUUCGCCACCUGCCUGCCGGCGCCCACCGUGCUGAAGAUCUGGGACUCGGUCUUCUUCGAGGGUUCAGAGGUGUUGUUUCGGGUCGCCCUCGCCAUCUGGGAGAGACUGGGAGAGAGGAUCGAGUACUGUCACUCAGCAGACGAGUUCUACAGCACCAUGGGUUGUCUCACUCAGGAGAUGCUGGAGCACAACCUCAUCGACCCUCCUGAACUCAUGCAGGAGGUUUACUCCAUGGCGGUGUUUCCUUUCCCUCAACUGGCUGAGCUGAGAGAGAAAUACACCUACAACAUCACUCCGUUCCCUACUUCAGUCAAAUCCAGUGGAAGUGGCGGUCUGGGCAGCUGGGAGAGCGAUGACGACGCCGACAUGGAUGAUGAAGACUCUGUGGUGACGGCGCUCGGCUGCCUGGGUCCCCUGGGGGGCCUGCUGGCCCCCGAGCUGCAGAGAUACCAGAAACAUCUCAAAGACCAGCGAGGAGAGCAGGGGAACAUCGCGGAGCUGAGCCCAGGAGCGGUGGGAGCCGGAGCAGGAGGAGGUGGAGGAGGAGGCGGAGCCAGAGCCGAACAUCAAGCAGCCAUCAACAGCAUGAUGAUGGAGAGGAUGAGCACCGACAUCUGCGCCCUGAAGAAGCAAUACACACGCAUCAAACGACGGCAGCAGCAGCAGGCCAUGCAGCUCUACAUACGCACAGACAAGUGUCCCGCCACCCGCGUCCUGCCCUCCCAGCUCAACCCGUCCAGCUCCGUCAUCAACCACCUCCUCCUGGGUCGGAAACCACGAGGAGAUCUCCGGGGCUCCAGACCAACAUCCACAAGCACAUCCACACUCCCGGGCUCCAGACCUGCCUCUAUGUCCCAGAGUCAGGGCUCCCCGGCCAGGCAGCGCUGCGGCUCCAACAGCACCGGGUCUCCAGGGAGCUCAGGAGGAGGCGCGGGGUCGCCCUGGCGUGCUCACGUCAGGGUGCACCGGAGGAAUAUAGCCAGGGCACGAGCACAGCUGGGCUUUGGAGAUUCAGAGGAAAGGGAAGAUGAUGAUGAAGAGGACGAAAAGGGAUCAGGAAGAUUUGACGGUGAAGAGGAGGUGAGGAUUGAGGAGAAUGAAGGAGAUGAUGAGGAGCAGAAAGAGAGGAGUGACUCCUCUGUGUCAGAGGCUCCAGAUGAGACAAAAGAAGCAGAAGUUGCAGAGGUGGUGGUGCAGCUGGACUCCCUGGAUCUAGAGGACGAAUCAAAUGUGACCUCCCCCAACGAAGAAGAGCCACAACCCCCCCUACCAGAGUCUAAACCUGCAGCACAAGUCCCUCUCCUGCCUCCUCCUCCGUCCUCCUCACACAGACACAAAGAAUCUGACUCCUCAGGUUCAGAAAGAAGCACCGCCUACGACAGACAUUUUCCCUCCAUGGCUUUACCUCCUCCUCACUGCUCCCUCACCUCCACGCCCUCCACCCUGAGUCCGUCCCCCUCUCCUGUCCCUACGACGGCUUCUCUCGGCCCGUCCUGCUCCUCCUCUCCUACACCACCGUCCACCCCGACGCCAAGCUCCACAUCCCGCCUCACAUCGUCCCCGUCAGCUAACGGCUUCUCCUCUCUCACUCUACCCUCCUCCUCCACCUUUUACAAAACCUCCUCCCCCUCCACGCCCUCGCUUUCCUCCAUCUCCUCAUCGUCCAGAUCCCAUUUAUCCUCGUCCCCGUCCACCCCGUCGUUGGCGACCACUCCUAAACAGCAAGUCUACUCCCCGUUCCCUAGCGUGAAGCAGCCCAGGAAAUCGGCAGCUGCCAGAAAUCUGGGUCUGUACGGUCCAACAUCCAGAACGCCCACAGUACACUUCCCUCAGCUCAGCCGCAACCUCAACCGCAGUAGUGCUGCCGGCGCCACCGGGAUCCGAUGAACACUGCUGCACUCUGCUAGGAAAACACAUGAAAAAUCAUUCUAUAUCUACACCGUGUUGCCUCCUCGCAUAUCAACACCCUAAACAUUUAAGAACUAGUAAGUGUGAAGGAAAUGUCUUUUGUUUAUUGUUUCAACUGCAUUGGUACUGCACAGCUAAAGAACUAUUACAGUGUGAAGCCCUUUACGGUGGCCUUUGCAGGUUUUUCUUGACCAUAAUGGAUAAAAAAGAGAAGACAUCACAUGUGAACUACAGUAUGUUUUGCAGACUCUCUAAGCAGUUGCACUGCAUUUGUGUCAGACAUCUGUGUCUCUUCAGUAGUGGUUUGUGAACCUUGAGAAAAGUAAAUUCCCUGGACUGAAACAUGAAGACACUAAGUUGGACAAAUGCUUCCUCUGGACUCAUACAUGAUGAAGUACCUGUUUCUCCUAUGGGAUUACACAAUAGCCAUCUAGUUGUUUCUAUGCCAAGUAUUAAAAAAACCCAACAAGAAACAAGAGAUACCUAAGAAAUGCUGUAAAUGAAAAAUAAUUAAAGCAGUGUGUGUAUGUGUGUGUGACCCAAAACCCCUUCCAAUAGAUGUCCUGAAGCACUUAACAUGUUUUUUUUUCUUUACUCCAUGUCUGUAACUUGACUGUUGAACAUGAGGCAUGUACUACAUCUGUCGAUAAUGAAGUAAGCGUGAAUACUCUGAGAGCAGCUUGGUUUUGUUUUGACCAUUGGGGUGUGUACUACAGUGUAAAUGAAAUGUGGCAAAUCUAAAUAUAAAGGCAGAAAAACGACUUUAUCAAA